AUGGCGUCUCCGAGUCAGACAGUUGUUCUCAUCACCGGUGCCAACCAGGGACUCGGAUAUGAAGCGGUCAAGAAGCUGGCGGCGGAACAGACCGACUACGUCAUCCUCCUGGGGUGCAGAAACCCGGAGAGUGGCCACAAGGCCGCCGGCAGCAUUGCGAGCCUCGCAAAAGGCACGUCCGUCGUCCCCCUGGUCAUCGACAUUGACUCGGACGAAUCCAUCACUCGCGCCGCCCAGCGGGUGGACGAGAGCUACGGUCGCCUCGACGUCCUCUUCAACAAUGCCGCUAUUAUCACCGCCGGUGGCGGUCUGCGCGAACAGAUGCGAGGGGUCUUCGAGACAAACCUCAUCGGCACCGCUGUGACUACCGAGGCCUUCAUCCCAUUGCUCAAGAAGUCCCGGGCCCCUCGGCUUUUGUUCAUGUCGUCCGGCAUCGGGUCCAUCGGAAACAUGCUCGAUCCGUCCUUCCCCUUUUACGGAUCAGACAGCAAGCCCUACUCGACGUCCAAGGCCGCGCUGAACAUGCUCGCCGCCAUGUAUUCGGUCCAAUAUGGCAAACAAGGUUUCAAAGUCAACGUCGUCUGUCCCGGGUUCAGGGCAACCAAUAUAAAUGGCUACGCUGAUGGCGCUGGGAAGCCGGAAGAUGGCAUCAUUGCCGCGUGCGACUUGAUCGUCGAUGCCGACGGAAAAAGCCCAAACGGCACUUUUGUCGCCCAGGAUCAUGGUUUCUGGCCAUGGUAG